AGACUUAAGUGGGAAUCCGUUUUUUUGUGAUUGCAACCUGGCCUGGCUCCCCCAUUGGGUUGAAGAGAGAAACGUGAAAGUGUCCCGUCCGUCCGAGACUCAGUGCGCUCAGCCUCUGGAAUUGGCCGACCUUCCGGUUUUCAAUGUCUCCUUCAGUGACGCAACUUGCGGAGCUGAUUAUGUUGCCUGCCUGCCGGACAACAGCACAGGCGGAGCCGAGUCCGUCGUCCGAUUCACUUCCCGUUUGCCACAGAACCUGACGGAGGAGAUGUGCAGUGCACUGUGCUAUGCCGACGGGCAAGACUAUGGGGGCUUCAGUGAGGAAGCCGACUGCUUUUGUGGCUUUGCUCUGGAGCCCAACGUUUCCUCCGGCUGUUUGCCCUUCUGUGCCAGGCCCCUGGCCGGACCCCUCUGUGGGGGCCCAAUGCUGCUUUCCAGGGUCUUCCCGGCUGUGCUGCCCGUGUCCUUGGAGGGCCCCAGGACACCGUGCAAUGCUUACCAAGAGGUGGCUUUCAUUCUCCACCUACCGGUUGCUGUGGGAACCAUUCAGUGGGACUUGGGGGAUGAAACGGGGCUUUUCAAUACCACCAAGACCAUCGUCCUUCAGGUCUACACAUUGCCAGGACUCUUCAACGUCACAGCCACUGUUUUUGUCAGCAACCGGUUUAUCUCGGCGCAGACCAAAAUCGAGGUACUGGCAUCCCCAGAGGAAAUGGCGCUUCAGUGUCCGUCUUUGGUGAAGACCAAUGAAAGUUUACAGCUACAUAUAAGGAACCGCGGAGGAACUGGCCUCUCGGUGGCCUACAACAUCACUGUCCAGGACCAGGAGCCUGGAAGAGUGGUCAUUCCUGGUUGCCCCUCGGACAGCGUGGUCUUCCCUGGGAACAGACACUGCUAUUGGCUCGGAGCGGAGAAAGCAGAAUGGCUGGAGGCCCAGAGGCUUUGCCAAGAGCACGGCAGUGGAAGUCUGGCCUUUGUCAGCAGCCCCGAAAUCCAGAGCUUCUUGGUCUCCAGUGUCACCAGGUAA